AUGCCUGCCUGCUCGCAGGUGAUGCUGUGCGCGCCUAUGGGGCGGGCAGCGCAGCGGCUGGAGGAGGCGACGAAGCGUUAUGCUCUCCAUCCCUGCGUUCAGAGGAGGGUGCGUGCUCCUCUGCCCUCCUGUACUCCCCCCGCCACCCUCCUACACGUUUUGCCGAGCGCGUGCCUGUUGUGGGUGUGUGAACGGGGCAGCAGGUGUGGGCUUGAGAAGGUGCACGGGCUGACGCACAUAUUUCGCCAGGCGCAGCAGUCGCACAUAUUUCGCCAGGCGCAGCAGUCGCACAUAGUGCAGCACGCCCACGCCAUCCGCAACGCCUCCCGCCCCUCCUUCCACUCGCCCUGGCCUCCCUCUCCGCUGCCGUCGCCUCUGGCCUCUCCUCCCUGCCUCCCACCCACCACCACCACCACCACCACCACCACCACUGAUGCUGAUGCACCUGCUCCCUCGGUCCCUCGUGCCGCUCUUUGGCGGGGGACCAGUGGUGGACCAAUCUCACCUCCGACUUCGCCCAUAUGUCUCCCCAUCCAUUCACACUCCCGUUCACACGCAACUCUCCCUGCGCCCGUCCCCCAUGCCCUUGACCGCCAGGCUCGAUUGCACUCGGAUGUGCUCACACGCAUGCUGCCGCACCUCACAGCAUCGCCGUGGGACGACGUGCAGGAGGUUCUGAGAUGGAAGGAGGGGAGGUGCUGA